CAGCUUUGCCCUGAGUUUGCUUUAAACGCUGCCUUUGCCCAUCUUGCUACCACCUCACUCCUUUUUUUUUCCGCCUCUACAAACUUUUGAAACUUUGUCCAACUUUCUGCCCCCAACUUCCACCCGGAAGUUCGGCGGGCGGAAGUAGGCGGGGCGAGGGGCGGAAGGCCUGCGUGGCCGAGGGCCGGGCGAUGCGCGGCGCCGGGGCCUGAGGCCCGAGGCCUGAGGCCUGGAGGUCCAGUCCGUUCCCCGGCGCUGUAUGGCGGGCUUCCUCCAGCUGGCGCUCACCUGCAGCCGCCCCGCGCUCCUCGCCUACGGCAACUUCGCCAAGGUCCUGAGCCGCACCCUCAUCACCUUCUUCGACCUGGCGUGGAGGCUCCGACUCAAGUUCCCCUACCUCUACCUGGUGGCCUCCAUGAUGCUGAACGUCCGCCUGCAGGUUCACAUUGAGAUCCACUAAUUAAUUUGCUCGGUGUCUUUGCGUUAAUUCAGUCCUGGACUGUGAAAUUCACGUUUACUCAUCAUUCACUGCUAAUUGUCAAUAACCGGACUAUAUUCGAAUAUGCAGAGUGUGAAUACAUCGGAGGAUAUCAUUCAUAAUUCAGCUCUUGUGCUUUUAUCAGAUGACAGCAGUGACAGAGGGAACAAUGUCUGCAAUUGCGAGCCAGCACUGAGCGCCUGUGUACUUUCCACACAGUCACGGGCUUUCAAUGUGAAGCUUGGAGCCACUUUGUCUUUGAGAGACAGACCUGGGGUGAGAACAGAGUGUGCGCAGUCACUGUGCACUGAUAGGAAAAAGCCCCUUUCUUUAAAAGGACUGCAAAUUCAAAGUCGCACUCCGUCAAGAAUAUUCCAAACGGUGUGUGGCACUCCAAGUGAAGCCAGUGGGGAGAGAAGUCAGGAUGAGCACUUUGUAAGCCUGAACACGACAACAAUAAGAGACUGUCUGUGGAGAGCGAAUGAAGCUUUGGAACUCCUCAGGUUACAGUGCAAUCUGGGGGCGGCGUGUGUGCACUUUGCUACUUUCUGGUUGUUGGAGAGGCUGCAGUCAGAGAGGGGAGCGCUAAAAGACAAAUUAAGCUUUUCAUUUGCACAUGGAUUGAACACUGUCACAAGGUGACCUCAAACUCUGAAGAAUGUGUUUCAUUUUGAAUAGUCCCGCAUCAUUCUCUGAAGAAUCGGCAGACUCUGACACAUUGGAGCGCAGACUUUCCGAUCUACAAAUCGCUGUUUUCUGAUCUGAAAUGUUUAAUUUGCAACACAGUGGAUAUGCAUUAAGAGCUUUUCUGCUUGAUGUUCAGUGGCAUGAUGUAGUUAAAGGUAAAUUAAAGUUAUGCAGUACAGGUUCUGCGAUUAUGAGGUAGCCAGUUUCCCAAAUGUAUCUGUUUGUGCAAUUUUGUAAAAAAAUAUCUUUGGUGAGAAGGCUGUUUAAAUCUCAAUAUUUUUCAAGUUUGUUAUAAAUCAUGAAUACAAAUCAUCAAUUUUGUCUUAGCAGCUCGACAGAUUUAUUUUAAAGAUUUGUUCAAUAUAUUUUAACAUCCCAACCCUGUAAAAAAAAUUGAGGUGAGUUCUGCUUUUCAUUAACUUCUGGACAGCAACAGUGACUCAGUCCUCUAUCACUGUGGGCAGGUUGUCUCUGCACUAUCAAUCUUGACCCUGAGUCAGUGGAAGGAGUUUUGAAACCCUCAUGUAAGCCAUUUUGGAGAGACAGGAGCUGCAGAUAUCGCCUGGGGAUAAAGGCCUGAGAUAGAAAGAGAGAUUGCACAGGCCGGGACUGUUUUUCCUGGAGGAAGGAGUUCUGAAUGCCUGCCUAUGGCGCACAUUCCUUUGAACCCUUCCUGUCCUUGUACCUACCCAAAUAUAUUUUAAACAUACAAACAAGAAACCGCAGAUGCUGGUUUACAAAAGAAGACACAAAAUGCUGGAGUAACUCAACAUAUCUGGAGAACACGGAUAGGUAAUGCUUCCGUUUGAUGUUUCGGUCUGUAGAAGGGUCUCGACCCGAAAUAUCACCCCUUCCUCCUCGCCGGAGAUACCUGUCCCGACCCGAAAUGUAAUCUCUCCAUAGUCUCCAGAGAUGCCGCUGUUACUCCAGUACUUUGUGAAAGCAUCUACUUUAAUGCGAAAAAGUAUCAAAGAGAGCUUUAUCUAAAUGUGAUAAGCCAAACGUGUGGUAAGCCAAAGGUGAUCCGUUUACAUCUGUCAAUAAAAUGAACAGAAGAUAAUGAUGGCCUUUAUAUCGAUGUUUCUGGAGUACAAGUUUAUUUAAAUUGCACCAAAAGCCGGCACCGCUCCUCAGGAAGGAUAUAUGUACUGGUGGCCUUGGGCGAAGUGCUGAGAUUUAUCGGAAUAAAGGCUGGAGUCCAAGGGUUAAAUUACA